AUGGAUAAAUUAUUAACAGAUUUUAGCAAUACAGUGCUUGAUCACCUUUUUCGAAAACUCGAAUCUAAUGGAGUGUCUCCGACUACUGGUAAUGAGAAAAUCGAUAAGCUCAUGAAAGAUGCGAUCAUUGUUCUCCGAACUCAUUUGAUCGAACUGCAAAAAGUUGCCUCGCUUGCUGAGGAUUUCCGUACGAAAUACCUACAAGCACUGAGAAAGCGUGUCUCUCACGAUGUUCUGGUAGGAUCGUCUGGAGACAGUGACGAUGACUUAGCUGAACCCAGUCAACAUGGAGAGGUGGUCCCAUCGAGUCUUCAAGGAGGUGCUGUGGCCACAUUAACAACACCACAGGGUACUGUAAGCAUAUCGUUUGAUCCACGAACAGUACUGGCUGGAAUUCAUGGCGUAUCAGCUGUGAAGACACGCCCCAGAUUUGAUUUCACUUCUAUAGAACGAAACAGUUCACUGCAGAACAGUAGACGGUCAGCCCCGAUAGCGAAUUCGUGUGUGGAUGAUGAUGAAGAAACCGUUAAUCAGACCUCAGCAAGAGUUCGUUGUCGAUUACGGCGUAAAAGUAGCGAAGAAACCUAG